AUGUCUAAUUCAACACCACCGUCGGAAAUAGAUCCAUUAUUACGGCUAAAUCAUACUUCAUCUAGAUCAGACGCAGACUUAAAUAAUUUACAAAAUAAUAAUAAUAUUCAUUCUCCUCCUUUUAAUUCAAUUGAUAGACCAACUAACGAUUUAGAAGAAGCUGUUAAUGAUGUUUACGAAGCUAUAAUUGAAAAUGAUUUAGAUGAUGAUAUAGGAAAUGAAGAUGUUCAAUGGUUAAGAGAACAAAGGACUUUAAAUAAAUCAUUACAUUGGUUAAAAAGACCAAGUGUUUUAAUGAUUGCGACUAUUAUAUUUUUUACAUCAUUUGGUAGUUCAAGUGCUGAAUCAUCUAGACAAAUAAUUACCCUUAAAUUAGCUUGUAAUUAUUUAGGUAGUGAUAAAUGUACUAAAGAAACUGCUCAAGUUUUAAUGUCUGAUUUACAAUUAGGUUAUAGUUUAAGUGGUGCUAUAAUUAUGUUAAUUGCUUCAGGAAAGGUUGCUCCAUUAUCUGAUUUAUAUGGUAGAAAAUCAUUUAUAAUUUUAGUCAUGUCAUUUGUUUUAAUUGGUAAAAUUUUAAAAUUUUUAAUAAUGUAUAAAUUUAAUGAAUUAAAAUUCUGGCCAAUGAUUUUUGGUGAAAUUAUAUUAAAUUUAGGUGGUGGAUUAAUUGGUUUAAUGAGCUUAGCAAAUUGUUAUAUUUCAGAUGUUGUUGAACCUCAUGAAAGAAUUUAUUCUUUGGGAAUAAGUAUUGCUUCGAUGUUUGUUGGAGUUAGUAUUGGUCCAUUAGUGGGUAAUUUAAUAAUAUCUUGGACUAAUAAAAUAUCGACCUUGAUUAAAAUUGGCAAAUCUGAAUUUUUAACAUUAAAAUUUGAAUUAAUAAUUGUAUUUAUAAAUUUAUUUAUUUGUAUUUUUAUACUUCCUGAAUCAAGAUCAGAAAAGGCAAGACAAAAAUCAAGAAGAUUAUCAAGAUCAUCAAGUUUAACAAAUUUACAAGAAUUGAAUAAAUAUCCAAAAUGUCCAAAAUAUAAAAAAUAUCUAGAUCAAUUAAAUUUUUUAAAACCUUUAAAAUUAUUAAUUAUUCCAAAAGUUUUAGUACCUCCUCAAAAUCAUUAUAGAUUAAAUCGUGAUAGAUUUGCUUUAAUAAUAUUAGUUUCAAUAGAUUGUUUAAUGACUACUUUAGCUAUAUCAUUUGGUGAAAUUUUUGUAUUAUAUGGAAUUUAUAAAUUUAAUUGGAAUCAAAAUGAUUUAGGUAGAUAUAUGGCAAUAACAUGUUCAAGUAAAGCAAUAGUGUUAAUUUUAUUAUCACCAGUUAUAAAUCAUAAAAUAUUUCAAAAAUUUAUCGGUUUUAAAGUAUUCAAAAAACAAUUUGAUAUGGUUGAUUAUUCAAUGUGUUUAACUGGGUUAAUUUGUGAAGUUACUGGAUUUAUAGGUUAUUCAUUAAGUCCAACCACUUUAAUUUUCUUCAUUUUUACUUUAUUUUGUGGUUUUGGUUCUUUAAUUGGUCCUUCUAUAAACUCAUCAAUUGUUAAAUUUUAUCCAGAAAGUAAAAUUGGUGAAUUAUUUGGUGCUACUUCUUUAUUAAGAAAUAUAUUUGCUUUAAUUGCUCCAAUUUUGUAUUUAUCAAUUUAUAAAAUUUCAUUAUCAAAAUUUCAUAAACCAAAUUUUGUAUUUUGGGUAGCUGGAUUUGUUUUAAGUAUAUGUACUAUAAUGUUAAUAAUUACAAAACGUGUAUUAAAACUUAACUCAAAAGAGGAAAGACUUAUGGUGGCGUCUAGAUCUAAUUCAUUUUCAUCAAUUAAUUAUAAUAAAUCAUUUACUCAAACUAUUCCAACACCAAAUUUACAACAUAAAAAUAGCUUUUCUGAAAUUCAAAGAAAGAAUAGUUUUGUUUAUAAAGAUAGAAAUAAUUCACCAAAAAAGUCAUCGUCAUAA